AUGUCAACCACUUCCGCCCCACCACCAUACUACAAAACUAUAUACGAUGAAACAUUUCAAUACGUGAGAUAUGAAGAUCCCUCAAUAUCUAGCAUGGGAAAUCGGCCCAACCUCGCUGGGCAACUGGAAUAUCAUGCGCCGACGACUAAUGGUUCAUUUUCCAUAUGUUUAGCUGAAGGUAUGGGUGUUUUUAUUAGCAAGACCUGCACUCGAUACAACCCAUGCUGGAGAGCCCGUCGGGACAUUGUUUGGAGGCCCCAGCUUGAGAUCCAUUGGAACAACACUAUUUCCUAUUAUUCUCAGGAACGGGUAAACAUCCGCGAGAGGAUGUUCUCACGCACUAACCACCACCAUCAACAUGGUCAGCGUGCCAGCUCACUGGCCCCCCUGCUGGGUACACGGCGACAGCGCUCUCCAGACUCAACCCCAGGCCCAACAGAGUCAGAGAGCGAUGGCCGAAAGCUGCUACAGACCAAGAGGUCACCCCACACAAAGCACCUUAUAAAGAAAGGCAGAACUCACCCCCGGAAAUCAGUGGAUGCCUCUCCGGAUCCCUCUCCACAGCACUCUGUCAACACACCCAUACCAUUGGCGGACCCACACAGUGUCCCAAACACCAAUGCUGCACCCCCAUCCACUCUGCCCCCGCCAGCUGUGUCUUCGGACAUUGUUGCCGGAUAG